AUGCGGUUCGCCCCCUUCUUGCUCGUCAUCGUCAUCUUCGCUGGCACGAGCUUCGCAAAAGCUGGUGCCGUUGUGGACGCCACCGACCGCGAGGGCGAGGAAAGAGGGCACGUUUUUUUCUUUAAACAGUUUCUCGGCAAAGACUCUGGCAUCAGCAGCAAGCUCUCCAGCAUGAAAAAGAACCCGGAGGUGGCCGCAGCUAUGAGUAACCCAGUCGUGAAUAAGCUGGGAACAACUAUCAAGAACAGUCCGGACAUUCUAACCAGUCUAAGCAAGAACCCGACCGCACUCAAGACACUGGCAAAGGAUCCCCAAGUGGCGAAGGCGGCGAAGGUGCUGGAGAAGAACCACGUCUCAUCCACGGCUGAGGCCGUCAAGUCGCUUCGAUCCAUCGCUGCCAAAGACCCCACGAAGGCAGAUAUCGUGUCCAAGAUCAUCAAGUUUCGGAAGAUUUUUAAACAGCUGCCCGGGUCGUCCGACUUGAUGGACACCCCUGCCCCCGCGUGUUAA